AUGGGUGGAACCGGGAGAGAAGGUGGCGCGAUCGUGUUGAUGCUGAUGGUCGCGUGGUUCCGGCCGGUACUCGGGGUCAAGGAACACGUGGUGGCCUUGAACGAUACCAGUCACCGAUCUACGCAUCCUUCGAUCCGCGGGGAGGCCGUCGAGAACGAGGUUUCGUUCACCAGCGACGAGUUGCCGGAGGAUCAUCCCCAUAGAUCGCCUGGAAAACCGACGAAGCUCGAAUUGAACGUGAAUCAGAUGAUUCAGACGGACGACAAGUCGAUGUAUCAGAUAGAAGCGACGCGGAUGGAGAACGCGACGGCUUCUCCGAUGGAUUCGACGGUGAAUUGCGAGGAGGACGAGACGAAGUCAUGCGUGAAGAAGGAUCUCUCCGAUCUGUUGAACAGGCUGUCGAGGAUCGACGAGUAUAACGUGACAGAGUCGGUGCAGAUCGUUCGUAACAGGGACGUGGUCGCAAGGAAGGACGAAAAAGGUAACGACCAGAGGCCUGCUACGGAGUCAAGCCUACUCGAUAGAAUUCACCGGUACGCCAGAGAGCACGUAGUAAAGAUACGUCUGAGCCAGGACUUAGUAGCCGGUAGAAAAGCUAGAACCUUCUUCAACGCGUUUGGCCUGAAGAAGCUGCUGUUGCCGUUGAUAUUCGGCGUGCAGAUCAUUAAGAGCGUGUUACUGGCGCUUUUCCUGCCAAGUAUCAUCGGAAGUAUCGGUAAUAUCGUUGGUAAAGGUGUUUCUUCGUUUGCGCAAUCGUCGCACACCACAGCUCAACCGGAGGAGAAUUUCGAGUUCAAGGACAACUCCGACUUGUAUAACGACGAUUAUCUCACGAGACAGCCAGUAGGAACGUUACCAGCUUCCGCGAUGUACGAAGAAAGUAUGAUGCAGUCGCAGAAGAGCCCGGAAAUUGCUUCGAGAUAUUCGUUCGUCGAUCCUAGAAUCACUCACGCUAAUGCUAUUUCCGAUCGCUAUUAUACCAGACACGUAGCUGCCCACGGACUUUCUAAAAAGCAAGACUUCAAGGUAUUCCACGAGAUUCCAACGAGUUCUUUGCUGCUAACCAACUACGAUCCCUUCUAUUCUCCGUUACUGUCUCGCCUGGACGCCGUAUUUUCUCGCCUGGGCCACACGACAGAGGGUUGCAGAGAGUACGCUGUGUGCGCUAUGUAUCGAAGCCCGGCUAGAUACGCUCCGUACUCGAACCUCGUCUCUGCUCAGUUGUCCAGAGAGUUGAACGAACUGAGAAGACCCAGCAGCGACAACCCCGACGUUCUGAGGUUCUUCCGGUACAUGAAAGCAGCCAAAGACGGCCAGGAUGGCGUGAAAUGCGAAGCAGCGUAUGCUAAUUGUGCUGUAGCUCAGGAGGAUCAGACACUCAGGCAGAAUCAAGCGAUGCUGGCCACGUAUCAGGACAUCGACAAGCUGGUCCACGCGAGAAAGUUGUAA